AUGCCCUCAGCAGCAAAUGGCUUUGCUAGCGCAGCAGCUCUCGCGGCUCUGCCUCUCCGCAGGUGGAGCUGCACUCCAGCAGCAGUUGCUGCAGCAGACGUAGCAGCAGCAGCAACAGCAACAGCAACAGCAGCACCAGCAGCGGCGCAUUCUUCUAGUACUAGCCGUUGCUAUGCCCUGCACCCAGCUGCUGCAGCUGCUGCUGCACCUGCUGCUGCAGCAGCUGCUGCUGCUUCGGCUUGCAGCAGCUGCUGCUUCUUUUCUGCUUCGCGUUGCUUCUCCAGCGGCGGCAUUUUGUCCUCCAUUGGGCGCACGGGGGUUAUUGUCCCACCUCCUGCAGCAGCAGCAGCAGCAGCAGAAGCAGCAGCAGCCGAAGCAGCAGCAGCAGCCGAAGCAGCAGCAGCAGCAGCAGCAGCAGGGGUUAGCUUCUCUGUGUCUCCUCGCUGCAUCAGCGUUGUGCGGGGCCCUGAGGCUCUCUACUCUGCUGCCUUGGCGUUGAUUUCCUCUGCAAGGCGGCGGCUGCUGCUGGCGGCGCUGUAUGUGGGGAUGGGGCCAGAAGAAAGGCGUUUGCUGCAGCUGCUGCAGCAACGCCUGCUGCAGCAGCAGCAGCAGCAGCAGCAACAGCAGCAGCUGGAGGUGAGACUGCUGCUGGAUAUGCUCCGCACGACAAGACCCGAAGGCCCUGCAGGUGAGAGCCCUGCAAUUCUGCUGCAGCCGCUCCUAGCUGCUGGGCAGCAGCAGCAGCAGCAGCAGCAGCAGCAACAGCAGCAGCAACAGCAAUCUUUCAACAACAGCUGUCGCAUAUCUCUUUUUUGCAACCCUUUAACCUGCAACAGCAUCAGCAGCAGCAGCAGCAGCAGCAGCAGCAGCAGCAGCAGCAGGGUCUGGGGUUUGUUGCGGGGUUUGCUGCUGCGGCUUGUUGGUCACCGGGGCCGCGAGGCCUUCGGUACGCAGCAUAUGAAAUGUAUAGUCAGCGAUGAGCUGCUGCUGCUGACGGGGGCGAACUGCAGCAGCAGCUACUUCAGCAGCAGAACAGACAGAUGUCUGCUGCUCAGAUCCCCACAGCUCGCCGAUGCAGCAGACCGCAUCAUUGCUGCAGCAGAAGCGCAUGCAUUCAGGCUUCUACCAGCAGAGCAGCAGCAGCAGCAGCAGCAACAGCAACAGCAGCAGCAGCAGCAGCAGCAGCAGCAGCAGCAGCAGCCGUUCACAGUAAGACUCGGGGGAGCCGUUUGCUGCUGGCCGCAGACGAACCCCUCGCAGCCACCACAAAUAAACCCGCAGCAGUUCUGCUGCAGUCUCUCUCAAGCGCUUGCUGCAGCUAUCAAAAGCAGCAGCAGCAGCAGCAACAGCAACAGCAACAGCAACAGUACCAGCAGCCGCAACGACAAUCACACGGGCAGCAGCAGCAGCAGCAGCAGCAACGGCAACAGAAGCAGCAACGGCAACAGCAGCAGCAGCAGCAGCAGCAACAGCAGCAGCAGCAGCUUGGAGCCGUGUUUGGUGACUCUGUCGGUGCAGGCGGGGUUCGCGUGUCCCCCCAUUCGAGGCCAGGAGUUGCUGCUGGAGCGGCUGUAUGCAGUUGCUGCUAACUCGAUUACUGCUGCUGCUGCUGCUGCUGCAGCAGGUAAAGGUGCAGCAGCAGGAACUGCAGCAGCAGCAGCAGCAGCAGCAGCAGCAACAGGUGACAUCGUAGCAGCUCCUGGGGGUUUACAGUUUGUCGUUGCUUCUCCCUAUCUCAAUUUCCCUGCUGCAUUCCUGCAGCGGCUGCAGCAGCUGCUGCAGCAAAUGCGCGCAGCCUCUGCUGCUGCUGCUCUACCCACUCCCAGCAGCAGCAGCAGCAGCAGCAGCAACAGCAGCAGCAGCAGCAGCAGCAGCAGAUGCCAGAUGCUGGUGAUAAAUGCAUCUCCUCAGUCGAACAGCUUCUUCAACUCUCGCGGUCUCUCCUAUUAUAUUCCUGCUGCUUACAGCGUUGCUGCGCAUGCAGCUGCUGUGGCCCUGCAGGCACCCUCUGCUGCUGCUGCUGCUGCUGCUGCUGGUGCUACUGCAGGUGAUGAUGCAGCCCCUAGGGGUCCUGCUCGCUGUAUGCAGCAGCAGCAGCAGAAACAGCAGCAGCAGCAGCAACAACCAGAUGACAAUUUGCUGCUGCUGGAGUUCUCGCGGCCUGGCUGGACGUAUCACGCCAAAGGCAUUUGGCUUUUUGGAAACAGCAGCAGCAGCAGCAGCAGCAGCAGCAGCAACAGCAACAGCAGCAACAGCAGCAACAGCAGCAGCAGCAGCAAUAACGAUGCAGCAAGUGCAUCUCCCCCUCUGUUGCACAGCACCCAUGCGUUGCUGCAGAGCAGCCUCACCAACAACCCUGCCAGCAGCAUCAGCAGCAGCAGCAGCAGCAGCAGCAGCAACAGCAGCAGCAGCAGCAGCAGCAGCAGCGGUCCGAAUGUGUGGCUAGCGAUGACUUUAUUGGGUAGCUCUAAUCUGAGUGUACGGUCGAGUGAGAGGGACCUGGAGCUGCUGUGUCUGCUGCAGACGAAGGACUUGCUGCUGCAGCAGCAGCUGCAGCAAGAAGUAAAUAAAGAGUUGCUGCCGUUUUGUGCUGCUGUCGAUAAAAAAACCAUCAGCAGCAGAUUUCCUCUUUGGCUGCAGCUCGCAGUAAACAAACUCUGCAUUCGAUCGCUCUUAUAA